UUCUCAAACUCGACAUGUUAUUAAUUUUUUUUUAAAUACCGCGCCUACCACUCGAUUCGUUUUGUGUUGGCAACACUGUUGCUGUAACAACGCGGGGAAGAAGAAGCAAAAUUGAAAAUGCGAAGUAAACAAACAGUUUUCACUCGAAAUAAAAGACUUGCUGUCAAGUGAUAAAACGGAAAACAACAGAGAAGCCAGAACAACCAUUCCAGCAAUGAAACCCGCUGCAAUUCCGGCCAGCGAACGGCGUCUGGCCUUCGUGGCCGAGUGGUAUCACGCGGAGGCGGGAAUCAUCCGUACCUACUUGAUAACCUACUAUGUUUCCGACAAGGCGGUGGAAGUGUUCGACCAGCGGAACAAGCGCACCUUCCUGCGGCGCACCAAGAUCCCUGAACUGACGCAGCGCGACUUCUUCGUGGGAUCUAAGAUCAAUGUGUUUGGCCGGCAGUUCGAUAUAGUAGAUUAUGCAGACGACACCACUCGCACCAACCUGGCCAGAUACCGCAAAAAGGGCUUCGUUUUACUUAAGAACAAUAUGUGGACCAAGUACCUAGGCAAGUUCCUCAAAACGUUAAUCGACAACAAGAUAAACAUCAACCAGGGCAUGAUGGUUCAGUUCUCUCCCAAGAUGGUUACUCAAUUUCUGUCCGGCAAGGACAAGACGGAUGUCUCCUCAUCAGUACUGAUGAACGAGCUGUUAGCGGGUCCGGCCAUUAGCCUGGAGCUGAUCGGCGACAACGUGGUGGAGACCAUCAAGGCAUGCGCCCGGUACAAGAACCCUGAAAUGGAAGAAUCUAAUGUAAAGCUCACGCCCAGCCUUGAGGAGCUGUUAGAGAACGAAGAGAUCCGCAACGGUUUCUAUUACUCCGACACCGACGACGAGGUGGACAUGGACCUAAAGUUCUUCUUCGAGGCGAGACACAGCAUCAUUAAGGAGUGUGUGUUCAAGAACUCCACACUGGCCAUUAUUAAACCGCAUAGUAUUAAGGACGGCCUGCUGGGUGACAUUAUCGGCGAGAUUUUGUCCAACGGUUUUCGUUUGACGGCCAUGCGCAUGAUCCUGAUGGCGCGCAUCAACUGCGAGGAAUUCUACGAGGUUUACCGCGGUGUCCUGCCCGAGUAUAUACCUAUGGUGGCCCAGCUGGCCAGCGGGGUGUGCAUGUGUAUGGAGAUCACUUGUGCCGAUCCUGAGAUGAAAGCCCAUCAAGAAUUCCGCAACUUCUGCGGACCAAUGGAUCCGGAGAUCGCCAAGCUUUUGCGACCGCACACGCUGCGCGCCAAGUUCGGGAAGUCCAAGGUGCAGAACGCCGUUCACUGCACGGAUUUACCGGAUGACUCCAACUUGGAGCUGCAGUACAUGUUCAAGAUUAUCGACUGACCCCACUACUAGUUCUUAGCUUUUAUUUAUUUUCAGUUAAAUGCGUGUUUGCCUGUGUGCGUUUAUCAAUAAAUUACAAGUGCAAUGCGAA